UAUGAUCCUUGAAAGAGGUAUAUGGGAGUGUAAUCUGUAAAAGAUGUCUAUGUCAUCAUAUGGAUGCUUGUUCUUAUUUUCACUCAUUUAUUAGGAAUCACCAUAGGUGUAUUAGUAACCACAAUGCAUUUUUCAGGAGUCAACAAAAGUCGUCCCGUCAAUAGAAAGAAGGCAAAAUAAGUAAAGUGAACAAGUUACAUGAAAAUUAUGGGGUAAAACAUAAAACUUUGUAAACUUACAGGUUUUAUUGCAGUUUAGGGAAACCAAGAAACCGAUGAAAAAAGGUAAAAAGGGUGAAAGUUAAAAAGUUUUGUGAAAAUUUUGAGGUAAAACCGGGAAAAAUUACAAAAAGGAUAAAACCGAAAAAAUUUAAACUUGAGGGUUUUCUUGUGAAUAACCCUAAUAUAGUUUUUAGUACUUUUGAUUUUAUUUUAAUCAUAAAAAGCAAAUAAUACAUGAUUAGUACAAGUUCCUCCAAACCGUAGAAGGGUUGCAAGAUGAAUGGGCGGUGGAGACUUAUAGAAGUCUUUGUUUAAAAGUCUACACAAGUCACCACAAGCUUUUUAUAGAACAAUCACAUCCAUUGGAAAAACCAUCAAUCGUUGUCUUUUGACUUUUGUUACAAAAGUCAAAGUUGGAAAGUUUGUAUGAAGUAACAAAAGAAUUAAAGUAGUUAACCUAUCCAACACUAGAUCGAUGUUAUAAAAAGUUACGAAAAAAAAGGAACAUGUGGACCAAGACCAUCACUGCAAAGUAAUAUCUAGCAAGGCUGGAGGAGGUGAAGCAUGUCAUGUUAUACUGUUACAUCAACUUUGAAGCCACAAGUUGUUUGCCAUGGCAUUUUUGUCCCAUAACAUAAAUGACAUGCCCAUUUUCAAGGGAUGGAUCAAAAUAAAAAAAAAAAAAAAAAGAAAAGAAAAAGAAAUAGCCAUUUACACUGACAAACACUCUCUCUUCUCUCCUUUCUCUCACCUCGACACAACAAUGCCAUUUGACAAUGUUUUUUUCCAUGCCACCUUUGAGGUGGAGGUGUUUGUAAGACAUGCCAAAUAAAUGUCAUGUCUUUUUGCCGACCACUCCCUUUAGCCUUUAGCCUGAUAGUUGCAAAAGGAUUCAUAAAAUUAAAUAUCAAGGAACUUUUUGCUUUUUUCAUAGUGACCGAUAAUAAAAUUCUUCAUAUUUUUGUGGAUCCACGGAGUGGUAAGUUAAUUUGGGAUUUAUAUGCUUGUUCAUUAGACCCAAAAGUUUUUCUCCACAAGGUGUUUGUGAUGAUGAUUUCACAAGUACAUGCAUGCCUAAAUGGUUUAUCUCAAGAUUUAAAUUUUACAUUCAAGUAGGAUGCAAGCACGACAAUCCACAAAGUAUGGGACCAAAACUUUUGAACGUGUUUUGUCAUGAACCAUUAUAAUGGAUUAUGAAGACUUAUUUGGAAGGAGUUUCAUGGAACUAUUCUUUUAAUCAUGAAGUCAACUACAAGUUGAAGAUCUUGCACGAUUAGAAAGAAAAUUCAAAAUUGAGGACCAACCAAUCAAAUGACUUGUCUAACCCACUUAGAAGAAGAAUUAGACCACACAUCUGACUAGAGCAUGAGGCUUGGGGAGGCAUAAAAUAUCAAUGGUGUCUGAAAGCAAACUACUUGUAAUAUUACCAAGAAUAUAUAUAUUUGAGCAUCUGUAAAUGUUUGUAGCAGGUAAUUAAAGACAAUGAGUAAUUCAAACGUGCUUAUCUCGAUUUCCUUUCUCUUUUUCCUCAUCUCUGUUGCUUCUUCCUCUUCUUUUAAUGCCACAACUCACAAAUGCUCUCUUCGACAGACCCUUGACUUGCUUCUCUUUAAACAAAACCUUUCGUCCAUCAAUUUCUCAUUCGAUAAAUCCCCAUAUUAUUCUCCAUGCCAAGAUUGGCUUGGUUCCGAUUAUUAUCCAAUUAUGAUGAACUGGAAUAAGAAUACAGAUUGUUGCAAGUGGAGUGGUGUCACUUGUAAUCACUACACAGGUGAUGUUAUAAGCAUUGACUUGAGUUGUGGAAUGCUACAAGGUACCCUCCAUCGUAACACCUCCCUCUUUCGCCUUCCUCAUCUCCAAACACUCAACCUUGCUUACAAUGAUCUUACUGAUUCCCAACUUCCACGUGACUUUUCUAAUCGUCUCACACAUCUCAACAUCUCUCAAUGUGGGUUUACUGGCAGCAAUUCUUGGGAAAUCUUACUUCUUCCUAAAUUGGUUUCCCUUGACCUCUCUUGGAAUUACGGACUGCAUAUGCAACCUGAUGUUUUGAAGAAUCUGCUACAAAAUUCAAGUCAUUUGAGCGAGCUCUUGAUGCCUCAGAUUCAUAUAGGUUGGGUUUUACCCACUUUUCUUAAUUUAUCUUCAUCUCUAAAAUCACUUGAUCUUAGCUACACCGAUUUGCAAGGGAAAUUACUUGAUAACAUCUUCGAUCUUCAAUAUUUGGAAAAACUUGAUUUGUCAGCAAAUUUCGACCUCACUGGUCCAUUGCCAAACGUUAACACGAGCCUUAACAUCCCUCUCAAGCGGUUGGAUCUCUCUAACUGCGGUUUGGUAGGGUCCCUCCCCAAAUCCCUAGCUAACCUGAGACACCUUACAAGUCUUGAUUUAUCAUAUAACAAUCUUACUGGAAUUUUGCCUUCUUUCUUGUUUACGCUUCCCUUUCUAGAAGACAUUAUUCUUGGUAGUAACACGUUUAGUGGAGGCUUACCAUCAACGCUGUUCAACCAUCGAUCAUUAAAGAGAUUAUCCCUCGGGAGGAAUCAAUUUAACGGCAAGAUUAAUGGAGGCUCCUCUCAACCAUCAUUUAUCCAACUUGUCAACCUCACUUAUCUAAGCCUUUCAUGGAAUAAUUUUACAGGUUUAUGGGAUUUGGAUACAUUGUUGUCAAGCCUACCAAACCUUGAAGAACUUCAUCUUAGUAACACCGGCUUAUCUGUUGUCACCAACAACGGUUCUUCCAGCUAUGUCAACCCUAAUUUUCGUAGACUAGGUUUGGCAUUUUGCAAGCUAACUUUAUUCCCGGAGUCCUUACGAACCAUGAAAAAUCUUACAUAUUUAGAUCUGUCAAAUAAUGACAUACAUGGUCGCAUUCCUGAUUGGGCAGGGAAGAUAGGAGAAAAUGGAUUGUACUACUUGGAUCUCUCAUAUAACUCCAUAACAGGCUUGCCACAAUUUCAAUGGGAUGGAAUGGAAUAUCUUAAUCUACAGUCCAACCAGAUUCAAGGGUCAUUCCCUCCUUCAAUUUGCAACAUGAGCCGUCUAUUAUUAUUGGAUAUAUCCAAUAAUAGCUUUAGGGGAGUGAUUCCACAAUGUCUGGGAAAUAUCAACUCCUUUCUACAGUUUUUGCAUCUGCAGUCCAACCAGAUUCAAGGACAGUUCCCCACAUCAGUUUGCAAUAUGAGAAAUCUAGUUUCUCUAGAUGUAUCCGAUAAUAGCAUUAGUGGAGUGAUUCCACAAUGUUUGGGAAAUAUCAUCUCCUCUCUUUGGAUGAUAGAUAUGGGGAACAAUAGUUUCCAUGGCAUCAUUCCAGAUGUGUAUGAGGAUUGUGGAGAAUUAGAGGGGCUUAUUUUGAAUGGAAAUCAAUUACAAGGAGAGGUCCCAAGUUCCUUAUCCAAUUGUCAAUCCUUGAUGGUAUUAGAUCUCGGAAACAAUAACAUAAAAGGCACAUUCCCUCAUUGGUUAGGUGAUCUUCCAAAGCUGCAGGCUCUUGUUCUUAAAUCAAACAAGUUCCAUGGUCCCAUUGAAACCCCUUCUUCAAAAGAAAACACAUUUCCAAGUAUGAGAGUCCUCGACUUAUCGCAUAAUUGGUUUGCAGGCCAUCUCCCGCAAAAAUAUUUGAAAAGUUUCAAUGCCAUGAAGAACGUGGUAAAGAAUAGCACAACACCAACAUAUUUGUCUAUGGGUGGAAUGUAUUACUCCGUCACUACUGCGGUGAAAGGUAGGGACCUAGAGUUUCCAAAAAUUUCGGUUGACUAUGUAAUUGUUGUUCUAUCAAACAACCGAUUUGAAGGGGAAAUUCCAGGAAUCAUCGGUUGUCUUGUUUCACUCAAAGUGCUUGAUCUAUCCCACAACAGCCUCACAGGAAAAAUUCCAUCUGUUUUAGGGAAUCUCUUGGAGAUUGAAUCCUUAGACCUCUCUUGGAACCAACUCACAGGAGAGAUACCUCAAAGCCUUGCACACUUAACAUUUAUUGGAUUCUUGAAUCUCUCCCAAAACCAUCUUGUGGGGCGUAUUCCAUCAGGAAGACAAUUCAGUACAUUUGAGGCUUCUUCAUUUGGAUGGAAUCCAGAACUUUGUGGUCUCCCGUUACCCACCAAGUGUGAGCGUCGACAGGAGACACAACUUGAAAUUGAUGGAGAUGGAGAUGGAGAUGGGGAGAGUGGAUUUACAUGGAGAGUGGUGAUAUUGGGGUAUGGGUGUGGGACCCUACUUGGAUUAGUCAUGGGGUAUGUCAUGUUGUCUACCGGACGACCAAAAUGGUUCAAUGCAAUUGCUGAUGCAGGAGAGCACAUGAUCAGAACAAGGCAUAAGAAGAGAAGAUAUGUGUAUAUUGGAAAAUGAACUUAGAUUCUAACAGAUUACAGGUAGAGAAUUAAUAGGAUCACUGAAAACUUUUGGAUUAGGCAGUUGUUGAUUUGUAUGUGUCAUGAAUAAUGAUGGAUAUCAAGCUUUUUUGGAUUUAUGUUUGAAUUUGCAUUGUAAAGGAGUUCAAACUUGGAGUCACCGUUGAAAUAUUAUGGUGAAACUUCCGCCGAAUCAUUUGCCAAAA